AUGGGGUUUGCCGAAGCUUAUAUGCUUAAGGAUUUUGAAUGUCAAGAUUUGACUUCCUUCUUUCAGUUGUUUAUCAUGAAUCGCAAACAGCUGAAUAACGGCACUACGUGGUUUUCUCAGCUCUCGUCCGUUGUGUCUAAUCUGGCCCGAUCUACAAAUACUCUUUCCAAUGCUCUCCUCAAUGUUUCCGCGCACUACGACAUUAGCAACGAUAUGUUUGCAGCGUUCCUGUCCCCAGAUAUGACUUAUUCAUGCCCAAUCUGGGAUUGCAGUCAAUCAGACGACGAUGAGCCGUUGGAAUCUGCGCAGCUGCGGAAGCUCACCUACUUCAUUGAAGGUGCAAGAAUACAGCCUAGCGAUCAUGUUUUGGAAAUUGGCACUGGCUGGGGCUCAUUUGCCAUUGAAGCAGUGAAGAAAACUGGUUGCCGAGUGACAACCAUUACUCUGUCCACUGAGCAGAAAGCCAUGGCAGAGAAGAGAAUUGAAGAAGCUGGAUUGGGCGACAGGAUCGAGGUUAGACUCCAGGAUUAUCGAGAAUUACCAGUUCCAAUGGUGCCUUACGAUAAAAUCAUUUCUAUAGAGAUGUUGGAAGCUGUAGGGCAGGAUUAUCUCGCCAACUACUUCAACUGCGUACACCAAUUACUCAAGCCCAAUGGAGGCAUCGCCAUAAUUCAGUGUAUUACAAUGCCCGAAGGUCGCCAUGAAGCGUACUCAAAGUCUCAAGAUUUUAUCAACCAAUACAUUUUCCCCGGCGGCUACCUCCCAUCCAUUACCCAGGUCCUGAACCACAUCAGCUGUCAAUCUCAGGGAUCUCUCAUCAUUGAAAAGGUAGAUAAUAUUGGCGGCCAUUAUGCCAAAACGCUCCGACUUUGGAGAGAAAUCUUCUUGGGUAGAUUUGAGGAAACCAUUCGACCUGCGUUGCUCAGAGAACAUCCUGAUAUGACCAAGGAAGCCAUCCAAGUUUUCCGCAGGAAAUGGGAGUAUUAUUUCUCAUACUGCGAAGCCGGCUUUCUCACCAAAACGCUAGGUGAUGCUAUCAUCACAGUCGCGCGCGAGGGUUCAUCGGAAUUGAUGGACAGAAUUCCUUUGUAA